CUCUUUACCCCUAAUUGUUUUGGCUUAUAUAGCAAAACAAUAACCUCUUCAAUUAUUCUUUACAGAACAUCAUGUCAUCAAGUGAUAGAGGUAAGGACAUAGCAGAAGAAUCAGGUGCUCAUCAUCGUCAUCAACAGCCAGCGACACCGAGCCGAUAUGAGUCACAAAAGAGAAGAGAUUGGAAUACUUUUGGUCAUUACUUGAAGAACCAGAGGCCUCCAGUGGCACUCUCCCAGUGCAAUUGCAAUCAUGUGCUGGAUUUCCUAAGGUACCUUGAUCAGUUUGGAAAGACUAAGGUUCAUGUACAAGGUUGUAUGUUUUACGGACAACCCGACCCGCCUGCACCGUGUACUUGCCCUUUAAGGCAGGCUUGGGGAAGUCUUGAUGCACUUAUUGGAAGGCUUAGAGCUGCCUAUGAAGAAAAUGGUGGAUCACCAGAGACUAAUCCUUUCGCGAGUGGUGCUAUUCGGGUUUAUUUAAGGGAAGUGAGAGAUUCUCAAGCUAAAGCAAGAGGGAUUCCUUACAAGAAGAAGAAGAAGAAGCCAAUUAGUAGUCAAGGCAAAGGAAGUGAUGAAGCAAGCUCCGCAAUGCACUUCUCUUGAUCCACUAAUAUAUGGAUGAUGCAUUUACAUUUUCAUUUUCAUGUGGUGGAGAGGAAUCAAAGUGAAGGGAAAAAAGAAGAAGAUGUUGGAGUAUCCAUGAGUUUUUCCUCAAGCCAUUUAUGCAACAGUCUGCAAUUUGUUUUCAGUUGAGAAUUUCUUUUUGUAUUGCUGCAUGCAUAUAAGUUGGAACGAUUUUAUGCUUACUUUUCAAUAUUUCAAUAUUCUGGAUUAUUAUAUCA